UUCUUUCUUCAAAGAUCCCUUCUUUCUUAUUUUUUUUCCUUCCAUUAUUUUCUCGGCAUCGAAACACAAAUAUGUGCAACAAAAACAACAGUGUAAGGCGAAGCAAAAGAAAACCCAAAGCUCGUAGUUCUUCUUUGAAACAUUCUCGUAAAACCCGAAGUAAAACGAGGAGAUCGAAGUACCUCAGCCUUCAUCGCCUCGAAGAAAACCCACCUACGAUGUCGGUGGCCGCCGGGAAUAGCGAAGAAGACGGGAAAAAAGAGGUUACGGACAAACAGGUCAAUCUUUCCCCACUUCACCCCGAUAAUUUGGUCGAAGACAGAGACGCACAGUACGAUAAUGUUUCCAUGCUCUUCGGCACGACGGAGGAAGACGGCGGUCACGCCUGUACGCUAAACGGUAUCUUGGACAGCGAGGGAAGUGAUAAUUACAAGAAUCAGAAGGAGGCGACGACGACGACGGGGACGUCGGAAGUGGGUUCCUUGUCUCCUUCUUUGACGACGUACGGGUGUAACGGCGGUUGCGACGAUCGUACGAGGUUGUCGCUAGUACGGACGGCCAUGAAAGGGAAGGAGAGGAGGGAUGAGAGUGAGGAGAGGUGGGUGGUUUAUUCUGAGGUGGUGGAGAAGAAGGAGAUGGAAGAGGUGAGUAGCGGCGGAGACAGCGGUGGUUGUGACCGCGGUGAAUGGUGGAAUAGGAGGAAGACGAAGAAGUUGGCUUUGAAGCUUGAUUACGAGGAGAUCAUGAAUGCCUGGUCAGAUAUGGGUACCCUUUACAUCGAAGGGGAGUCCCCUCAAACUGUCCCUCACUUGCAUGCAAAUGUUCUAUCCGACGGUUCGGGAAGUGCUUCGAACGUGUGGAAGGUACCGGAAAUGACGGGCGGUUCGAAGAUUAAGGAAGAAGAAGACGGAAAAGAGGACCGGAAGAAGGGGCAUAGAGAAGCGAGUGUUUUGAGAUACAAAGAGAAGAGGCGGAAUAGGCUUUUCGGCAUGCGUAUUCGGUAUGAAGUCCGAAAACUCAAUGCCGAAAAGCGCCCUAGGUUGAAGGGUCGAUUUGUGAAGAGAGAUCGAGUUUGAAGAGAUGAAAUCGGAUUUUGAAAUAAUGGUGGAUUUUGAAUGGAUGAAAAAAUACUCUUUAUUAUACUAUAAUGUCAGUGAGGUAUACUUUAUAUAUAUGAUACUUGUAAAUAUGAAGGGCACUGUCGUCAUUUGGAGCCCACCACCCAACUUUGUUGCCCUAAUUUUACUUUGGUAAAUGAUAUAUAUAUAUAUAUAU